GACACUGGAGUUUCCAAAAGUUUACUGAAUCAUUUUGAGGAUGUGCCUCGAAUUUCAACUCUCCUCUGGAACUAUCUAUUUGUAUCGAUCACUGAAUAAUCUCCGGGUCGUCCUGCGGAUCCGACGUUUCGUGUGAGAUAUGGAAUAUGAUAUUUGUCCCUUCCUUGCGGCACACUUGGGCUUUUCGUUCCACGAAGGAACCCUCCGAUCCAAACUCAAUGCGGACCGUGGAGCGUCACGAAGAAGUUCCCUCCUUUCGAUGCAGUACAAAUUCGAGAUUCAUGUGCACACUCGAGGUCUAGAUAUCAGCCGACCGAUCAGUCUUCAUUGUCAUCUCAGUGACAGAAUGUGCGUUGCAAGAAAAUAAAAUUUAGAUUCUGUUGACAAUCUCUGACGUAUCAGCAGGUGCGUACGCACCUGCUGUAACGCUGCGAGCUGCACUCUGAAAGCUGCUGAAUCGGUCGGAAUUCGGAUGAUUUCAUAAACACACAAAAAAAAGUCUACGGCGUUGUCAUUUGUGAGCAACGAGCUUCAUCUAGUAAAAUCAACUUCUGGUUCGUGUUUGAAUCGACGAAGGCGGCGGGCUACGAGAAGACUAGAGGUGCCGGCCUGCAUGUAAAAAAAUUGGCCAUGUCCUCGACGAAUACAGUUGACCUCUAUCACGGGCAGACUGCAUGGAACACAGCUCAAUCUCCCGUCUAUUCUCAUUUCAACGCUGACUUAGUUGAAGCGGCGAAGAGGCAUAUUCCGCAGACUGCAUGGAACACAGCUCAAUCUCCCGUCUGGUGUCAUAUCAACAUUGACUUAGUUGAAGCGGCGAAGAGGCAGCUUCGGUUCCUCGAGGUUGUAGACCGGACUGCGGCACUCCAACAACCUGAACUUUUGACAUGUGCAGUGUACAGGUACUGGAACUACUGGCUGCCACUGGCAUCGAAGUUCCAGGCCUAUGGAUUCCCCGGCAAGUAUUACGGGACGACCGGCGCUUGCUUGUUGCCGCCGUUGGAUUGCGCAUGGAUCUGGCAUUGCCACAAGCUCAGCCCGGUGCGGUACGCAAAGGACUGCAGAACGAUUUUUGGGAAGGUCAUCGACAUCAGAACCGUCCCCGAUGCAUACUCCACGGAGGCCGACUCACAACAAGCUUCGGCGGAAUUUUGGAACACUGAGUACCCGGGCGAGCAAUACCAUUUGAUUCUGCCCUACGAGGAAGGCCUAAGUGAUGAAUAUAAAAAAGUCCUUGAAAUCCAGUGUGCUAAGCUCAGGCCUUUAUCUCCCAUGCAGUCAUACGACCUCGUCGCCGCAGCUGAAAGACAGCGACCUUUCUUCUUUCAGGUUCAAAGGAGCUGGUUCAAGGACGAUGAAUUCCUGCAAGACGGCGUCCGAAGAUAUAGAGGAUACCUUUACAUGAUCCAACAAGCUUUGCAGUCGAGGAAAGAAAACGAUCCUCCAGUUUUCCUGGUUCCGACGUACGACAUCGACCUCAUAUGGCACACUCACCAGCUGCACCCGAGCGCAUACGCUCGAGACACAACGAGUCUGAUCGGCAGAAUCCUGGACCAUGAUGACACCGACACCGAUCGAGGAGCGGGCAAGAAGCUUAACAAUGGCUAUCUCGACUCAUGCAACAGGUGGUGGGCUACUUUCGGGUUCGUGUACGAGCGAGCGGGAGCGAUGCACAGGGGACCCGAUCCACCGAUGAGGGGUGCUCCUGCUAAAUCCACGACGACGGACGGUUGGGCUAUGACAAGGGAUAGGACAAUUUUAGAGAACACGAAAUAUGGAAGGUGGAAUUCUUCUUACUAUGACAGUCUUAUGAAGACUGAUGCUGAACAGACACGGGCCGAGAACGCGAGAUCGACCUGCCAGGUGCACCUGGUGAUUUUGAGCGCUAAAAAUCUCCCUGAACCGCCGGAACACCAUAAAUGGACAUUCCAGGUUCGGGUGACCGCCUUGGAGAAAUGCCCGUCCUUGAGCGUCCACACAGAAAAAAAGGAAGCUUCUGACAAGAAUGAAGUGGAGUGGAAUCAUGGCAUUGCGAUGGAAGCUGAACAGGGAACGAAAGGUUUGCAGCUCGAGCUACUGCGCAUAAUCUCGGUGAAACGCCAGCAAGGCAAAACGAAGGCUGGAUGUUUCUUUCGGGGUUCGAGAAAGAAAUCUCAAGUGGGUGCAAGCACAUACUUGAACUCGCAACCAAUUGUCACGAGCGUGGGCACGGUUUGCAUCUAUUGGGCUGAAGUCGAUAUUCAUGGGUCGAAAAGGAUAUCCAAAUCUCUCGACAUUUCAAAUGCUGAAAUUGAGUUUUGCAUAUCUGCAACAAAAUUUCUGCCGGCACCGAAAUUGUUCCGCGCACUGCAUUCGCCUGUGACGGACGACAACCACAACAAGGUAUCUCUAUCUAUUGAAAAAGGUGCUGUUCCUCAGCAAGGACGUUGGACGACGAAGACAGUAGUGAAUCACAAUGGCAAGCCCAUCUACAAAAUUCGACAGAGUUUAGAAAAGGGUCUCCUGACCCGGAAGGCUUCCUCGGUAGGAUGUGAAGAAAAAUCCCAUAUAUUCGUACAUGAAGUAGUAGAAGAUCCGAAUGCAGGUAAACAACCAUCUUGGCCCAGAAUGGAUGACACAGAAGCAGGUAGAGGCCUGGCCGAAUGCCGCCUUCUCGUAACGGAGUACCACAAACGGAACAAGGAUAUACGAGAGUGGAAUCUCUUCAAUGACGGAGCGAUUCUGACUGUGUAUAAGCCCUCGAAAACAACGAAGGAUGUAACCUGUGAGCUAUACGGUCUAUUAGGUCCAAACCGGGUGAGGUUACUCCCAGGCAGGAGACUGGAGUACGCUGUCGCCAAUGACGUAUCUACGAACAGGUAUCUAACUCUCAUGCGAUAUACACCGGAGGCUCCCACGGGCACAGCCACAGCUCUUCUGAACGUGACCAAAGCUUGCUUCGAGGUUAAGCCGGAAGAAAGCACAAUAUUGGUGCUUCUGAUUUUUUCUGCGGUGACCAUGUCCUUAAAAGAGUUUGGAACUCCUCUCAAGAAGAGCGCAGAUUGGAGUGUCAAGAAGAGCUACAAAAGUCUACUCCGUGGAAAAUCCGACGGUGAAUUAGGAGCGGUCAAGCUGAAAAAGAAUCAGUUCUCUCCACAGUUUAAUCAUCCUGAUCCAUCGGAUGAGGAGCCCGAGAAGAAAAAUAGUACUCUGUACAUCCCUUGGGACGAAAUCAGCGUAAGUUUUAACAACGACCAAGGCCUGGCCGGUGCCCAGUGCGAGCCCGCAGCAUGUGCGGGCACAGCUUGUGGGGGGAACGAGGUUGCUUCAUCCGGAUGGUCUGGCGACAGUGGUGGUGGUGAUGGGGGUGGAGAUAGUGGUGAUGGCGAUGGCGGAGGCUGUGGUGGAGGCGGAGGCUGUGGAGGAUGUGGUGGCUGUGGCUAGACAGAAUCAAGUUCAUGAAGAGUAGAUUCACGAACUUGUUACCCUCUGGCUGCUUCUGCUGCUGUAUUGCUCUGUACAUUCUGAAAUGCUUUGCAUACAUUGGUUUAGGUGAUCGAUCGUUUUGGGAAUUUCUUGUCACUUCAAGAUUUUACGGAGAAAGUUUCCAGAUGUUAUGGUUCCUACCCAAUGAUGCUAAUAGUUGCGUACUUUUGGAUUGUAGCAGCAGAUCCACUGUAAUUUUUGUUGCGCAUAUAUAUCAUGCAGCAAAAGCUAUGUCGUAUUUAACAUUUGAAACAAUGAGAAGUGUUAAUCUCUGUUCAUCAUCGAACAGCUUAUCUUAGCUGUUCCGUUAUAGAAACCAGUUACCUGUGUAGCCUCUCUGAAUGUAAGUCUGUUCACUUAGAUUCAGCCAGUGAGUACGUUCAUCAGCAUGUUGAAUUGUCGAAGAUGCCUGUAAGAUAGAUACUGCAAAGAGUGGAACACUUAGACUCACCGUUUGCGGUUAACAGAUGGGAAUGAUUACAUAUGGCUGGUGAUCACACUUGGCUGUAUUUGCACUGCUCAACUCUUUCUGUUGAAAAUUUUCUCUCGUAGUUCAAUUUUUUGGACACAAAUUAUUGCAUUGUGUAUUUUAUGUUGCGUACAAGCUUGGCC